CUUCACUUGUCUGGGUGGGCUGGGUCUUGUUAAUCCCCUUGUCCAGGAAGUGUCCCCUUGUCCAGGAAGUGUAGACCAUGGAGCUGGGCAUCUGGGAGGAAUGCUGCAUUGCCACUGGAGACUGGCUCAUGCUGCUGCAUGUACCCCAUGUGAUAGUCCUCUGGCUGGUGUGCUUUCAGCAUAGUCUUUGGUUCCCAGUCCACAACCAGUCCCCAGUGGCGCUUUGAUGUCGGCAGACCCAGCCAGCUCAGGAAAGGGAAGUUCAGAGGUGAAUGCGUGCGGACCAGGAUUCAGAGUCUUUGGUGGAUUCUCAAAGGAGUCUAUGGAGAUCCCGGGACUGGCUGAGAUUCGCUCCGCUCUGGAUGAUUGUGAUUGUAAUUGCUGCAGCUGGAAUGACAUGGUUCCUUUUAGAGGUGGAUUUCAAACCAGAAUUGACAACCAAUAAACUAUUUGCCUGUCACCUGCAAAUUGUGAGCCAUGAACUUACCUGGGACCUCACCAACCCUGAAAGCAGCAUAUUUAAAAGGGAAGCUGGUCACCUGGAUAAAAUGAUCACUGCUCUUGUCUUGGCUUCAGAACUGACUGCAUAUCACAACUCCAGCAAAGUCUAUGCUUUUGGAGAUGGCAGCUUGAAAGUUUUUUUUUGGGUCAUUCUGGAUGUGCCCAAUUCUAAUAGCAAAUACGUUACCGGGAGCUCAGUGAAGGCAGCGCUUACUCAGGUUCUACAGUCCAGGUCAAACCGCACAGGGACUUACAUAUAUGAUCAGUACCACGUGGAUCCAAACUCACUGGAUAUAUUAGAGGGCACCAUACAGAGCAUGCAGCUGUUCUCCUCCAGCACUGCCUGCUACAGGUACAGCUAUGUACGUCCUGGCCAAGAAAUACGCUUAUCAGGGCCAGACUACACCUCUCCUACCUGCGUAUGGCACAUUCAGGGCCCUCCUGGUCACCUGCUGAGACUGCGACUGAAGUGGACCCGUUCCGACUGCAGGGACCGUCUUGCCAUGUAUGAUGCCGCUGCCCCACUAGACACCCACAUCAUUACAUCACACUACGGCUGCAGUCGUCAGGAGCCCGUGUCUGAAGUGUUGUCUUCUGGGAGCACGAUGCUGGUUGUCUGGAAGCAGGGAAUGUACAGCUACUAUGAUCCAUUUAUGCUCACGGUGCUGCCACUGCCUAUCACAACCUGUAAAGAAAGCAUUGUACUGAAGAAAGGAUUCCAUGUCCAGGGCCACCUGAGGACACCAUACUAUCCCUUCUACUAUCCACCAUAUCCAUAUUGCACCUGGAACAUAACAGUCCCCUCUCCAGACUAUGGAGUUGCUUUGAGGUUUGAAGGCUACAUGCUGACAGGGCAGUACACAUUUGCACCUUGUAUACAAGGACAGUGGAACAUCCAGAAUCGAAGGAUGUGUGGUAUGAGGGUACUAAAACCUUACAUUGAGAGAAUUGAAGGAGUGCUCAAUAACAUCACCGUAACUUUUACCUGCACCAGAUCCCUAACUGGACCGGGGAUUCAAGUCUCCUACAGCCUCUACAAUAGGACAGACCCUUGUCCUGGGGAAUUCCUCUGUAUAGCAGAUGGAAUGUGUGUCCCGCUAUGCGAUGGUGUCGUGGACUGCCCCAAUGGGCUGGAUGAGAGGAACUGUGUAUGUCCUGCCCAGUACCAGUGCCCAGAAGGACAGUGUAUACCCGCCGCACAGAUCUGUGAUGGAAACAAGGACUGUGUGAAUGGUACAGAUGAAGAGAAUUGCCAUGAAGCUGUUCCCUGUGGUGCCUUUAACUACAGAUGUGCAGACGGGAGCUGUGUAAAGAAGACCAAUCCAGAAUGCGACUCUGUCAAAGACUGUGCAGACGGCUCGGAUGAAGAGAACUGCGACUGCGGUGUGCAGGCCAUGGAAAGUCGGAUUGUUGGAGGAACCCGAGCACAAGAAGGAGAAUGGCCAUGGCAGGCUAGUCUACAAGUUCGAGGAUCACAUAUUUGUGGAGGGAGCUUGGUGGCAGAUAGGUGGAUCCUCACUGCAGCUCAUUGCUUCAAUCAGGAUAGUUUUGCCACUCCUGAGGUUUGGACGGUAAUCUUGGGAAAGGUGCGCCUUAGCAGAAGCAGCCAGAAGGAGAUGGCAUUCAAAGUCACCCAGCUGAUCAUCCAUCCUUACAACGACCAGGACACACAUGACUAUGACAUAGCUCUGGUCCAGCUCGAUCAUCCUGUUCCCCUUACAUCUCCACAUGUCCAACGUGUCUGCCUUCCUGCCAGUACCCACCACUUCCCUACUGGUUCAACGUGUUGGUUGACAGGUUGGGGGGCAGCAAUGGAGUAUGGUCCUACCAGUGAUGUUCUCCAGAAGACUGACCUUCGGUUAAUUUCUCAGGAUAUUUGCACUGACCUCUACCACUAUCAGAUAAGUCCAAGAAUGUUCUGUGCAGGGUAUACAGAUGGGACUAAAGAUGCAUGUCUGGGUGAUUCUGGCAGUCCGCUUGUAUGUAAAGAGCCAGGGGGUCGCUGGUUCCAGGUUGGACUGGUAAGCUGGGGAGCAGGCUGCGCCAUUCCGAAAUAUUUUGGAGUAUAUAGCCGCAUUAAUAGACUUGUAGGAUGGAUCCACAACGUAACAUCCAAAGCAAAUGCAUAACACUUCUAUGCUAAUAUAAACCUGGACUCAAGAACCCCCACCCAAGACUUCAAGUAAUAGUGAAGACCAUCAAGGAACUGGGAUCUGAGAAAAACUGCUUCUAAACCCAGAAUUAUAGAGAAAUAAAAAUCUAUAUUGUCAUUAUUAGUGCUAAAGUGCCAUUCUACUCAUUAAGAAAGUUAAGAAUACAUCAUCCAAGGAAACAGGAGAAAAAAUACAUGAAGGCUGAAAUGAGCUAAGCCCUGAAAUUUGGAAUCAAUCAGAUGUUAUGUUUGUUCUAAAACGAGAAAUGAUAUUCAUAGUCUCCAACACUUCAGCAUGUGCCCAGAUUUAAUUAAAACACAGUAUAUGCCAUGAGUUUAUUUGACGGCUGGGGAGGUUUUAAAGGGGUACUCCACUGGAAAAAAUAUAUAUUUUUUUCUAAAUCAACUGGUGCCAGAAAGUUAAACAGAUUUGUAAAUUACUUCUAUUUAAA